AUGCCGCGGCUGGGUCGACGUCAAGGCUCGUCUUUUGCCUUUCUUGGACUUCUCGUCCUCGUCGGUUCUUUGAGCACGGUUUGCUUCGUAUGUGGGCCGCACAGACUGAAAAAGAUCGGCAACCCACUGACGACGGACAUCCGCCGAUUCGGCGGAGUGGCCCAGGCACCUGCGCUGGAGGAUUUGCAGACGCAGGCUGAGUCGGCCGGAAACGUGACGGAGGACGAGUUCUGGCGCCUGGUUGACGACUCCAAGGUCUCUGAGGUUAUCAUUUCUUCUUGGAGCGAGAAGCAGCUCAUCGCUCGAGUGGAAGGAGAGUUGGUGGCCGUUGUGGAAGAGAGCGAGGUUGAAGACCUCCGAAACGAGCUGCUUGUCCGUGGCAUUCCUGCAGCGCAGCUGCAAUUCUUCCGGUGCGAUAUCCGGCUGGAGAGGCGCAGUUCAGUCUUCAACUUGGGGAGAGGGGAGAUCAGCUUCGUGCCCUCGGCAUUGCAGACAGCUUCGUGGAGCGACCAUGCCGCAGUUGAAGAGCUGUCGAGAAUUUUGGAAAGUGUUGGGGUGACUUCAAAAGUAGAGGUGGAAGGUGUAGAGGUGACGCGGGUUGAUUGGCCGAUCGGCGCUUCAGUUGCAGUGCCUGCGUUGGAGGUGGAAGGCCAGUCCUUGAUGGAGGCAAAGCCAGCAGAUGCGGUGGUCGCGGAAGAUCUCGGCCUGUUGAACAAGGAUCUUCGCAUCCUUGAGCGUGCGAUGGAAGGUGUGGAGCGCUCAGUGGAGGCUGACUUCCAGGCCGUCCGUGGCUUCGCAGACGCGGUUGCGGAGGCUGUUAGUGGAGGCACUUACUACCAGAUUCUGGGCGUAGCUCCAGAUGCCAGCUCCGAUGACAUCAAAUUGCAGUAUCGGAAGCUUGCAUUGAAGCUGCACCCAGACAAGAACCAGAACGACCCACAAGCCACAGAGAAGUUCCAGGAACUACAGGAAGCCUAUGAGGUCCUUUCAGAUCCUGAGCGAAGAUCCGCGUAUGACCAGAACAGCGACUUCAUCAUGAAGGCGUUCGCCGAGUCUACAGGCCAAACGGAAGAGCAGGAGUCCUUUUUGGCAGUGCCCUCUUCGCGCACCUUCUGGUGUCUUCUGGUCGAGGCGUGCCUCAGCGACGACGCGAAGACAAUCGCUCAGUUGGCGCAGCAGCUGGAGGAUGAGCUACUUGGAGGCAGUGAGAUUGUCAUGCCUAGUUCUUUGGCAAGCUCAGUCAGUAUUGCCGGCACAGGUAGGAUGCUAAGUAGCGAGAUUACCCCGAAGAAUCCCUUGCUGGAUUCUUGCGCUGUUGCUUGUCUGAAUUUGUCAGAUGCUGCCUGCUUGCCACUGGGCUCACAGCAGGGGGGAAUCCAGAUGGGGGGAUACCGACUAAUUAUGGAUCACAUAUCCAAACCCAGUCCUUCGUAG